GAACGGUUGCUAUGGUUUGACUUGGAGGAUGAAGUGUUUGGGACGAUCGGGUUGCCAACCAGAUGGGAAGAUAUUUCCUUUACAGUGAUGAAUGAGACUAUUGCUAUGAUUAGUCGAUGUCCUCUUGAGAAUAGCAAUUGCAUUGAGAUAUGGUUAAUGAGUGAAAAUGCUGAUUGUGUCGAUUGGCAUAAAAAGUGGAGCGUAGAAUGUUGUCCAAGCACAGUCAGGCAUGAGUAUUGGAAUCCAGUAGGAUGUGGGACGUGGGAUGAAUCCUGGUCGCCUAUUGGAAUUAUUAAUCAGGGCGGUGGACGUUUUCAUUUGAUAGCAUAUCCGUAUAUUAUCAAUUAUCGAAGGGAGGGUGACAUGGGCACAAGUUAUGGUUAUCCCGAUGAAGAAAACUAUAUACCGUAUUUAAUAUCGGUUGAUAUGGAAACUCAAGAAAUGAAGAUUAUUUAUUUAACAAGAAAAAGGAAGUGUGUUGAACUUAUUUCAAAUUUGAAGGGGUACACUCAAGUUUACAAGGAAAGCAAUAUUCAUAUAACUCAAGAAUGGAAGGAUUUUAAGGUCCGUCCGUGUUACGGUGCGUAUGCUAGAAUAUACAAUCGAAGUCUGAAACUCGUAUAGAAAACACAUCCAAGUGAAUAGAUGUGUCGUUUUACUUGUGCAAAUAGAUUCUGGUUCAGUGCCUUCUUCAUGUGUUAUAUUAUUAUGUAUUGCACUAAAGGAAUGUUAUGUAUACUCCUUGGGAUGAUGGCAUGCUCGUACAACUUGAUGGGAGUG